AUGAAGUUUUUAUGUCUUUGCGGAGCAUACGGAAGCUCAGAUAAAUUUAGAGUGCAGCUUGCUCCUCUCAUUAAGGAAUUAGCGUCUGAUGAGACUGCCGAAUUAUUCUUUGCUCAUGGUCCAGUCGACGCCUUCCCUCCCGAAGGAUAUGAAGAUUAUUUCGGUCCUGGACCACAUUAUCGAUUCAUAAAGCCCGGUAACACAGAAGAAGGGGGAAGCGAUCUUCUUGAUCGCAUUCGAAACUUUCCCAAGGGUGCAACCGCAGAAGAUCAAAUGCGAGAACUAAUGAGAGGUGGAAUUGGUUCUGCAGUUCCUGUCCCAAAUGCCGAUGGCACUUAUGGUGAUGAGAGUGCACAAGACGCCAUGGAGUACUUGUACGAUAUUAUGCAAGAAGAAGGACCUUUCGACGGAAUCAUUGGAUACUCAGAGGGAGCCACAGUUGCUGGAACGCUACUGUUGCACGAACAAAAAAGAUUCGAAGUCGAGGGAAGAACACCAAUGUUCAAGUGUGCUAUAUUCUUUGCCGGGUGGCCUCCAAUGACACCAGAAUUUGAUGGAAUCGUUCUUGCGGAUGAAACCGAUUUGACAAUCACCAUUCCAACCGUCCACAUCAUUGGCUCGUUAGACCCAUAUCUUGCAGGAUGUAUUUCGCUCUACAAUGUAUGCGAUAUGGACAAUGCGUACCUCUUUGAUCAUGGAAAAGGCCACACAUUGCCCAGAGAUCCAGAGACAGUCCGAGAGCUUGGCAACAUAAUACGCACUAUGGGCUCGAACAUUGGUCUUUUGUGA